ACAAAGAUCUGAGGAAUUAACGUUAAAUGUAAAACAUGGAAAACGGGGACGCCCUUAAAAUUCAGUCACGUCUGUUUUGGAUUGUGUAGUGCAGCGCAUGCAAAUAAAUUGCCUAACAUACAUCCUACUUGAUGUGCUUACGAAUAUGCGACCCCUCAAACAUAAAGACUAUAUUUAUAUAUAGAGAGCUAUAAUUAUCUAACUGGUUUGGAAGCAUGUGUAGUGGCUAUAAACCACAGAUGGCAGAUGGGGUUAAUUGUCCUUGCGUGCUCCCAUGCAUCCGCUUGGUGUUUUCCUCCUGAUAAGGUUGCCACAGGAGGUGCUACACUAUCUGCACACAACGGAAUUAUGGUAUGGCAUGGCAGGUGCACACAUAUCGUCUUGGCAACCGGUAUUUCUCUCCUGCUGUUUUUUCUGAAUGAAUUAUUUCACUGUUUAACGCGCGCGUGAGACAUGAGCUGCGGGACUGAAAAAACAGCUCAACGGAUAUAAUCAUCAGGCACGGUAUAAUUGUCAGGAUGCUGAAACUGCGAAUGCUCAAUGCUAUUGCGCCAGCCUACUUCUAUACUGCCACAGCAGUCACCUUUGUUCUCCAUUUCUUCCUUUUCAUCCCCACUAUUUUCCAAACCCAAAAUGUUACACUGAGUCCUGUCAUGCUGCUCCACAUUACUAUUUUACUAUUUUUCAUGCUCAAUGCACUUGGUAAUUACUCAAUGACUGUAUGGUUUCCAGCAGAGAGUGCCAAUGAGAACAUUAUUCCAGUCUGUUCACCUGACUGUCCAGACAGAGUGGAUGCUCACUACCUCCUUAAUGGCCGGCACUUCUGCAAACUGUGUAAGAAAGUCAUUCUAAAACGGGACCACCAUUGUUUCUUCACGGGAAACUGCAUAGGGAACAGGAACAUGCGCUAUUUUAUCAUGUUCAGUAUCUACACGUCCUGUACCUGCCUAUACUCUCUGGUGCUUGGGGUAGCCUAUCUCACAGUAGAGUAUGCCAUCUCCUUUGAAAACCCUUUGACCUUCCUCACACUUUUACCCCUCUCCACAGGUUACUUCUUCCUCGGUAAGUUGUUUUUAUCUUCUCACAAUGUGGAGAGAUCUAUUCCCCAACCACUGCCUGAAGCAUACUUAAUUUUCUCCCCUCUUUUUCUAGGUGCCAUCUCAGGCCUUCAGUUCUUUCUGAUCAUCAUGCUCUAUGUAUGGCUAGGCAUUGGUUUGGUGAGCGCUGGUUUCUGCUGCCAACAAAUCUUGCUUGUGGCCCGUGGACAAACCUGGUGCCAGCUACAGAAAGGGCAGCUAGUGGAGAGCAGAGGAACAUGGCAAUCUAAUUUGAGUGAUGUAUUUGGUUCCCGCUGGGUACUGGGCCUCUUUCUACCGGUACAGACUGUGGAGACGACUCCAGGAAACUGGCAUAGUUAUCAUGACCACAAGCAUAACUGACUAUAUUUAUUAAGUGCUUAGAUAUGAAGACUUCAUACGGCAUCUGCUGUUCUAAGUGAUUUGCAGGAUGAAGAAAUGAUGACAUGGUUGUAGAGAUUAGGUGGCAUUUCUCACUUAGAGUUAAUACAUCUAUUGAUGUUCAUCAGUGUCAUUCCGAUUAAAUGGUGUUUUUUUUUUUAUUGAAUUCCUAGACCAUAGUUUUGAUUAGGAAUUAUCCAUUUGAUAAACUAGAAUUAAUAAGGGAUUUAUACCUGAUCUUAUAAGAAACCAUCACAACCAUGGUUUUAAGUAGCAAGACUGCACAAAAUGAAAUUUGAUGACCCUAUGGCAUCAUUACACAUUUCAAGUAGAUAGAAAGCUGCACUAAACCUUUGAACAUUAUAAUAAGUAAAGCAAAUGUUUUAGACACAUAUUUGUAAAGGAUGUGACUACAUGAGAGUAAGCAUUAAUACAGUAUUUGCACCUCAUGCAUUGAUUAGCAGUGUUAACAAACAUUCUAUACAUACCAUUUCACCUGCAGCUGUGCCUUUUUAAAAUUAGUAAUAACAGGUGAUAAUAAUGAUAAUAGACAGUUUUGGGCAACAUUGCAGUGACCCAGGAGUGUUUAUUCUAAUCACUCAGUGCAUGCUUCUACACUUUUAACCCCAUGAGUCAUUUCAUACCCCGCCCACUUGUUGCUAUACUCCUAGAUAAAAUUAUGGAAUGAAUGCAUUCCAGCCAUCAUUUUACAUCCUAACUGGAUCAGGUCUUUGUGGAAGAUUUAAUUUACGGUCAUUUUGUGUUCAGGAACUGGAGAACUGUUUCCGAGUCAUUAUUACAUUUAUUUAUUCUAAAGCACAUUAUUAUAUUAACUAUUACAAUUUUUUCAGUACAGAGCAAUGAAUAGGAAUGGUAGUUACAAGAGUGAGGAGUCUGGACCUGCUGAUGGACCCUGAAAGUCAAAUGUUAACAACCCAAUAAUUUAAAGUCCCUUCCACUGUGCUUCUUAUGAAUUUAUUGAUUAAUAUUUCAGCAACUGUUUAUUUUACUGCUUUUCCUCAUUUCUUUGCUUAGUGCUGCUUAUUUAGUUUCGUAAUUUCAAACCAAUUAUCCCAAUGUUAAAAGCUGUAGUAUUUAAUAUUAAGUUGGUCAUUUGUGUAUUCAUAAUCCAAGAAAAUGUCAGUCACAAUGUCAAUUUACUUUUUCUUUUCAGAAUUUAGCAACAACUUCAAGGGCUAUUCAGUACUCGGAACUUCUGCUGUGACAUUUAUAUCCAGGCAAAACACCUGAAAUAUGUUGGUGUUUUUAAAGCACAGUUAUCUCUGAUCUCCAUCAAUAAAAAUCUUAGAUUAUACUAAAUAUGAGUAUUACUGGGGGGAAGG